GAAAGAAAAGAGUCUUGUCUCUAUCUUUCAUUUGCGGCUUAGCUAAAAUAAAUCUUCCAAAUAAGUAGCGACGCUGUCCUUCUCUGUCAAUCCUAUCUCUUCUUUCUCAUUCUACAAUCCCACCAUACCCCUUUACCCAUUCCACUACCAAUAUAUAUUAGAUUUAAUUCUUUGUUGUUCCGAAAGAAACUCCUAUAAAUUGUGUCCAUACCGUUUUAUCCAAAUCUACAUCUCCAUUUGCAUUUAGUGUUAAUUUGUUUCAGACAUUCAACUUAAUCUUAGGUAAUUACCUUUUACUCCCUAGGUGAUUCUUUGCUACGAGCGCAGAACAAGAUGGAAGUAACAGGAGGUUAAGACCUAUAUAUUCUAUGGCAUUGGAAGGUACUCGGGAAAUGCUUGAGGUAGCAGAAAACCUAAGGAAAAUACAAAGUGGUAGCAGCAAGGGUCUUACAAAAAACAAGGUUAACUGCAGAACUCGAAGAACUGGGAUGGAAUUUGACUCUGAUUUGGCCACACAUACGGAAUCGUUGACCAUUACAGCACAAGUCGUUACUUCUGCAAACUCUUUUAUCCCUUGGUCUUCUAAUAUUUCCAUUAGUGAAGGAUAUCAUGAAUUUCUCUAGUCAAAACUGACAAUUAUUCAAUUACUUAAGUUUAAUUUGAGAAAAGCCCUGGUUGUUGAUCAUAUCACUAUCUAAUCUUUUGAUUUAAAAAAUGCCGGGUGUUUUAUCAAGGAUGUGUUUCACAGAUUUCAGGCAGCAAAAUAGUCUAGGUUGUACCAAAAGUGAUUCCUUUUUAACUUAUUGCGUUGCUGAUGAUUUCCAUUGCCCCAUCUUGGCUGGACUGCCGGAUGAUGUGGCAAAGUACUGCCUUGCACUUGUUCCUCGAUCAAGUUUUCCUGCUAUGGGUGGUGUCUGCAAGAGAUGGAGGUCAUUUAUUCAAAGUGAAGAGUUCGUCAGCAUUAGAAAGGUAGCAGGCCUGCUUGAGGAAUGGCUUUAUGUCUUGACUUUGGAUGCUGAAGGAAAAGAAAGCUACUGGGAUGUUUUAGAUUGCUAUGGAAACAAACACCAUCAGCUCCCACAGAUGCCCGGUCAUACAAAAGCUUCUUUCGGCGUUGUAGUUCUCAAUGGUAAACUUCUUGUUAUGGGUGGUCAUUCCAUGAUUGAUGGAUCUGCGUCUGCCUCAGCCGACGUUUAUCAAUACGAUUCUUACUUGAACAGGUGGAGCAAAUUGGCUAGCAUGAAUGUGGCACGUUAUGAUUUUGCUUGUGCUGAGGUGAAUGGAAUGGUUUAUGUGGUCGGUGGUUAUGGGAUAGAUGGUGAAUCUCUUUCUUGUGCUGAGGUGUAUGAUUCAGAUAAAGAUAAGUGGACUGUGAUUGAGAGCCUUCGCAGGCCAAGAUGGGGCUGCUUUGCAUGUGGAUUUGAGGGAAAGCUCUAUGUUAUGGGUGGUCGAUCAAGUUUUACAAUAGGGAAUUCAAGGUUUGUUGAUGUGUAUAAUCCCGAGAAUCACAGUUGGUGCAGCCAGAUGAAAAAUGGUUGUGUCAUGGUUACUGCUCACGCUGUUCUGGAAAAGAAGCUCUUCUGCAUGGAGUGGAAGAACCAGCGAAAACUUGCUAUUUUCAAUCCCAAGGACGAUUCAUGGAUGAUGGAACCAGUUCCAGUGAUGGGGAGUUCAAGUAUUCGGUUCCAGUUUGGUAUACUGGAUGGGAAGCUCUUGCUGUUUCCUCUGCAAGGCGGCGAUCCUGGUUAUAGCACAUUGCUAUAUAAUCCUAAUGCAGCACCAGAAUCGCAGUGGCAGACUUGUGACAUAAAGCCAUCUGGUGUCUGCCUAUGUACUGUAACUAUCAAGGCAUAAAAAUUGGAAGAUGUCGGGGAUCAUCUACGUAUAAAUGUCUGUUUUAAUUGACUCAUCAGUGUGAUAUUCAGUUAAGCUGUUGGGUUCCGCAAACUAUUUCAAGAUGACUUGUGUCUUCCUUGGUUAAGAAAACUAUUUCAAAAUGACUUGUGUCUUCCUUGGUUCAAACUUCAAUCUGAUCUUUAGAUGGCUUCUCCUGUAAAUAUGGUUUUUGUCUUACUGCUAAUUAAUCUUCUAAAUAAUCCCACGAGAUGUUAUUGUAUGUAGUUAGGUUAAGACUAUAGUGUUAAAAUACUUCCUGAAGGAUGUGGUACUCCCUGAAAAGAUAUGUGCUGUCACCCAGAACUUGGUCUUCAUGUAAUUUUACCAAGUUGUAAAUAAAGAAAUAAUUCGUUUGUGUCUGUA